AUAUAUGAAACAGAGUUCGUAAUUGGACUGUCAAGGAUAGAGGAAGUAUUUUUUAUUAACAAAGUGUUAAGUUUGUAUUAUAAUAUUCAGAGUUUAUUCAAUUUAGCUUAAUAUGCUUUAGUACAGUCUUAGUACUGAUAUAUAUAGCACAUAAAAAUAAAACAUUUAAACGAAACUAAAUUUAACAUUUGGAUGACAUUCUUAGCUCUCAAAUACUUUAGCAAACUAGAGCUUUAUAUUGAUUUUCUUAAAAGAUAUAUUUAUAUUUUCAUUACUAUCCAGCGAUAAUAUAUAGCAAAAGAUGUGUUGUCCAUGUAAGAUUUAGUAAUUUACUGGAUAGAAACUCCACAACCAGCAGUCUUCAAUGGAAGAUAAAGACUUGAAUAAUCGAUUGUACAAAACACUUGUUGAUGUUGUUGGCACAGAAGACGAUAUACGUUGUAGACAAGAUAUGUUCACAUACAUGGGAGUGGUAAAUGGAUUUGGAGACAAGGAUUCAGUUUCCAUACCAGGCGGCAGCCUUUCAGAAGGUUUUGACUUGAAAGGUAGUGAUGAGGACAUUAUGCUUGUUCUGAAGAAUAUUGACGUAGUUCCUGCUGAUCAGGAUGUAAUGAUUGAUAAAAACACCGUAAGAGUCAACAUGCAAGUCGAUAAACAACGAGCCGGUUAUGCAAGCUUAGAUUUAUCAGUGGAUCAAGAAAGGUAUGUUAAUGAUGUAGACAAUUUGAAUAGAACAGAGGUGCUGAACAUAAAACGUUCGCUUCAGAAAUCCAAUAAAAAGUGUAUAGUGGCAAGUGCAAGAUUUAGGGGCCAAUUCAUUAGACCUGGGAACACUAGUCAUGGACCAUGUAUUAGCGAUGGACUUUUUGAUUUUGCCAUUAGUUUAUAUGGGACUGUAUGGCCCAGUGAAGCAACGAAGAGACUCUCUACAAGCAAAAGUAAACGUUGGCUUACUAAAACUUUUGUGAACGAGCUCAUAUCAGAAGGUUGCAUUUACGUGCCAGUGGGACCAAGACAUUACUAUUCUGGUACAUUGUGGAGAAUAUCUUUUGCAAAAGCCGAAAGACGCCUAAUCUUAUCUAUGCGUCACGUGCAGUGGUUAUGUUAUGGUCUUCCUAAGAUAGUGUUUAAGGAAGGUAUUGGAAAAGCUCUGACGGAGAAUGACAUACUAUGUUCAUACUUUCUUAAGACAUGUCUUUUCUGGUUGGUUGAAGAAACAGAUAAUGAUGAGAAUGUUUGGAAUCAAGGCAACAUUUUCAAUUGUUACAUGAUGUGUCUUGAUAGACUCAUCAAAUGGGUUGAGAUGAUGAACUGUCCGAACUUUAUCAUACCUGAAAAUAAUAUGUUCCGAGGAAAAGUUAAUGAUGAAAACAAAUCAGACAUAUUAAAAGUUCUUCUUCAGAUGAAAACUUCUGGAUAUAAAGGCCUACUUACAUGCGAAUCACUUCGUCAAUACAUGGAAACAUCUGCAAUAAUAACACCUUUUGAUCGUGAAGCUAAACUGGAUCUCCUUUGCUUCAGAGUAUUACACAUUUAUCCGUUCGACGAUAAAGAUUUGCUCCAGGAAGCACUGGAAAGAAUGGAAAAAGAAUAUGAAAAACAAGAAAAGAAAUUUACAAAAGGAAUAAUUGGCAAUAUUGUUUCCUCUCUUCACCAAGAACUGGCUCAAAUGAUACACGUAUCUGAAAGUUAUGAAGAUGGCCAAAAAUUGAAACGCCUACAGAAACAUCAUUUACUGAAAGGUUGCAAAUCUGAUCGGCUUUGUGGCCUUAUUCUUCUAGCAUCAUUUUAUUGCACCGAAAAGAAAUAUUAUACUGCUCUUGAAAUACUUAAUACAGUCACAAGAAAAUUAACACCUGAAGCCGGAUUGCUUCUUCGACGAAAUCCAGUUUAUACGCAAGCUGAAAUACAGGAGUAUAAAGAAAGAUUCUGUGGUAAAGGUUUAUGUUUAGAAGAGAAAUUUGACAUGGCAACAGUAAGAAAAGUAGUACUUUUAGAUAAUUCCUCAAUUGUUCCGGAUGAAUUUCAGCCUGAAGUUUUCAAUUACCGACCGUUGAAUAUGAUGUCGCCAACAAUAUAUGCAUAUGCAUUAAUGUUUGUAUGCUACCAUCAUAUAAAUGAGGAAUCAAAAGCAUUAGAGAUGUUAGCCCAUCUUGAACAAAUCAUAAAAACUCGGUUUCUCAUUUCGUCAGUUGGAGCAACAUACUCUACAGAUUGUACAGUCGUCGGAGCAUGUUUUGAAACGCAAGGCCAUUACGAGACAGCUAUGAAAUACUACAACAAAGCUUUAAACUGUGAGCAGAUAUGUAGAAGCACUGCAUACCGCUUUCGUCGUCUUGAAAAAAGAUUUGCUGUAAGUUCAGUUGAAAAAUAGACAAAAUUUUGUUUUAAAUAAUAAUUGAUAUUCAUACGUAUGAACAUACCUGAUAAAAAUGAGAUAAAUUCACUGGCUAUGUUAAGUAUUAAGUCAAAAAAAAGAUGUUACAACGUAUUUAAGAUGAGUCCCUUUCAACGUCUGUUUUGAGAUCACUUAGCCAUUUAAAAGUUCCGUUUUUUCGAUAUGAAAAGCAUUGUCAAUAAAGUACAAGUUCAGUUCAACAUUUCAAACCAAAAUCAGAACAAUAGAGAAAAAUGUUUUUACAUAGAAGAUAUACUUGAAGACAUUAAAUACUAAGUACAAUUUUCGUGUUACAUGUAUAGGUAUUGUUGAUAUAUUUUCUAUAGAAAUGUCAUACUUGCUUUACUAAGUAUCAUUAUGGCAGUUUGGUCCAAAGUAGGUACUAAAUACUUUUUAAGGUAGCAGAGGAGUGUCCUGUUUAACGUCCAUGAUCCAAUGAACAAGAAUUUGUUCCUUUAUAUGUUUUUUCGUGACUUUAAUAUUACAAUCAGCGUUAUUUUGUGUGUUUUCUUUUGAAUCAAACCCAAACUUUAAAAUUAAGGUGAGGGGUCUGUCCUUCUCUAACCAUUUGUGCUUAAGUAUGUGCAAGGUAAACUCUAUCAAAAUUUAUUAUAUCUAAGGAUAUUGAACUAUCUGUUUAUAGAAAUAUCAGUAAAUUCUUUCUGUAUGUACUAUUUUGCAAAAUUUUAUGACGAAAAAUCAUUUUCUGCAAAAAGGAAUUUCAGGAUACAUGUCGGAAUGGUAUAUAAUAAAUUGUUUACUUUGAAUAAUAUUAAUAUCUAUGAAUUUUUAGAGCCGCUGUGACAUCGUCUUUAAAGCUUUAAAUCAAACGCAAGAAUGCUCACCGGGUAACUUGAUACUGUGUAUAAGCAUGUUUUGCCAGGUGAUAAAUCGGUUUUCUUAUAUCGUCUUUUCCUCAUUCAUGAACAUAUUUGUUUUGUCCUGUGUCCAUUUGUGAGAUUUUCCAAAGAAUACAAUACAUUCUAGUUUAGAGAGGGGUACUUGAGGUUUUCUUGAGGUCUUAAGUAAAAUUGCUGUUG